GACACAUUUGAAACAGAAACGAAACUAUGGCAGAUGAAAACAACUCUCAAAAGAAAGAAGAACCGAAGAAAAAGCAAAAACGUAUUCCAAAUAAAAAUUAUGCUGUUAAAAAGAGACUGCCAGUUCGCCCAAUAGACGGUGAUAAUAUUGUAUUUAUAACUAAGAAGACUAACUUUAAGGCACAGCUGGACAAAUGUUGCGAUUUAUUGACUAAAGGUGAAAAGGAAAUAAUACUUCACGGACUCGGUGCUGCUAUCCAGAGAUGUUGUAACUUGGCCUUACAACUGGAGAUAUUAUUUUCAGGAACAUGUCAAAUAGAAGUAAACACUGGUACUGUCGAUUUAGUCGAUGACUUGGAGCCACUAAACGACGAAUUGGAAUUCGGAGCUCAAGUUAGACACUCAUCCUCCAUUCACAUCCGAAUAUUCAGGACAGCAAUGUUAGGGGCUAAUCAAGCAUAAUGUUUUUCACUUUGAAUGAAAUUGUCCAGUGGAUUGGACUGACAGUCUUUGAAAUAUGGAUAAACUUGAUAACAAUUACUAUAUUUUCAGUUCUUUUAGCUCUAAAAAUAGAUGGAGUUGUAAACAGUGCAUGGUGGACAAUAUUUGCCCCAUUAUUUGUUAGUGAUGCAAUGAAUGCAUAUUUCUGCUGUAUUGUUUGUAUUAGAAUGAACUUGGAGAAUUCUUACAAAGCCUCAUUGUACAGAGCAUCAUGGAGUGCUAUUUUCUUAGGUCUAACAUUUGUAUUCAAGUUCUUAUUAUGUAGAAAACUACAAGGUGACUCUGCAAUAGAGUAUAGUGAAGUUUUUGCACCUCUUUUUAUAUUAUUACAACUAAUAGCAGUUAGAGCUUGUCAGUUGCAUCAGUGAACCUUUUUAUGAUUAAUAAAAGUCUUAAGUAAGUUGAAAACUUGAAUUUAUUUGGGAAAAAAAUCAAAAUAAUAACACUUAGGAAAAUUGACAUUUGAGAAACAAAACAUUUUUAACGGAACAUACUAAAUAAGCCUCCUCUAUUUUUCUUGUCGUCUCCACCAAAGUUAAAAUUAAAAUUAUUAGAUGUAUUUUGUCCAUUCUUAUUUGAAUUAGUUUCUUGUGAAGAAGAAAGUCCAAAAAAGGAUAGUCCUGUCUUCCUUAGACCUAAAAUGUGUAGGUAGCCAGUUAGAUAUAGGUAUAUUAAGAUAAGUAUUAUUAUAAUUGUAUUUAAAAUUGCAACCUGAUAAAAAAUUUGGAACUUCUUGAGAUAACACUUCGGCAUUAUCACCAGUCAUUGGCAUUGGUAAAUCUGCCUUUGGCGACAAAAGAAGACUUGAAUCUGGAAACAAACAUUCUAAGUAUAUAUAAAGGAAAUAUUUAAAACAAAAUUCAAGAAGUUGAAAUCAAUUCCAUUGAAUAAAAUUAACCAAAACUAUCUUAUACUUACAUUAGAAGAUACAUGAAUACUUACUGAAAAACUUACCAAGGCAAUGUGGGAAAUCCACCUCCCCUUCGUCAUAUCCUGUAGUGCUGAUAGAUACAUUCAAAGAGUCUGGUAUUUCCUGAGGCCCGUGUUUGAAAAGGAAUCCACUUACUGAUUUUUGAACAGAUUGUGACUGAAUCUAUAACACAGAUAAGUAAAUUUCUUUAGUAUGACAAACAUCACUGAUAUCUUUAAUUUACGAUCAGUAGUGGAAUUAGCAUAAGUUUUUAUGAGAACGUUUAUAUUAGCGAAAAAAGUGAAACAUAUGAUAAUGGGCUGUUAAUUUUCCAAAUACAUUUUGACAUUGUCUAAGAUUACUUUCUAGCAAAAUUCUCAUGCGCCGUUGAAUGAAUGUACCAACCACGUCACGAUCUCGACCAAGUACACUUGAUCGGCAAAUUAAUUUAUUUAUUCUCGCAUCUUAUACCUACUAUUCUUAAUUCCAAUGAAUAUACCAACCUUAUCAUCAGAAAUCAUAAUGUUUUCGUCUUUUUUCACGGUAAUUCCGGCUUCUUUAUUUCCUUCCAUCUCAAUAUCUUCAAUCUUGUCUUUUGUAUUUGUUCCAUCUAGUUGUUGUGCUUCAGAAUUAAAUACAUCUAAAACUGAUGUGUUAGACUUUUGGAAGAAUUUAGAGGUCACAUUUUCCUCAUUUCUCUGUAAAAUUGUAAUUUAUAAAAUUUGUUACAAAUUAUCCAGGUUUUUUAUAUCAUAUAAGUAAUACAAUAUUGAAUAAACAUUUAAAAUAAUUAAGUACCAUGUUUGUAGGUUUAUUUUUCGCGUAUACAAAUUGAGGUGAUAAAUCCAAGUUAUGUUUUUUUAGUAUCAUAUCUCUUAUCUUCUUAUAACCGUCAUCACUUACUCCACUUAUGUCUAACUCACUGCUAGCAGUUUUGUUUGCUUCUGCUUCUACAUUUUUAUCUUCACCGUCAUCGCCAUCAACAUCAUCGUCUACUGGUGUAAUUCGCACACUGCUUGGCAUAUCAAAAGACACUCUUUUCUUGACAUUUUCUUGAGAGUUCUGUAAAAAUGAUAUUGUAAUCAUAGUAAUUUUUUUUGUUAAUACUAAAUGUAACAAAAAUUUAAAAA